CAGUGUUACAAUGUUUAAAAAACACUAUGUUUCAUUCUCUAAAAGUACAGCUUAAUUUCUCAAAAUAUCUGCAUAAUUGUUUUGGAUCAUGAACUGUUACAUCUCUUGUUUGUCCAAUUGUGAAGCACUUAUUAUAUUUUCAGUCAAACUUAAUUGAGUCAAGGAAAAAUGACCUAUUUAUGAUUGCAGUCUACUGUGCCAUCAAACAUUUCCGGCACACAGUAGAAGUUCGCGAUUUCAUCUUAUUCACCGACCAUAUGCCUUUAACGUAUGCUCUGCAUACCAAUUCCGACUGUCACUCACCACGAAAGUGCAGACAUUUAGACUAUAUCUCUCAGUUCAAAAGAGACCUUCUUCACGUCAAAGGCGAGUCAAACUAUGUUGCCGAUGCUCUGUCACGUAUCCAGGUAAAGGCAGUUACUUUGCCGGUGUUUGAUCUCCCUCCUAUGACCGUCGCCCAAGUAAAUGAUCCUUCAUGUACAGGAGCACAACAUUCUACACCCCUUCAGUGUCGAGAAGUACCCCUAGCAACUAGCUCAGCUACUAUCCUGUGUGAUAUUUCUAAUGGUCUUUCCCGAUCCAUCAUACCCUUUGCUUGUCGUCGUCUAGUCUUCGAUGCCCUGCAUACACCGUCUCAUCCAUGUUUAGAAUAAUUGUAAUAAUUAAUUGUGUGUAGUUAGAGAAAUACCAAGAUAUAUUCAUUACAAAACUUUAAUUUAUCUUCAUAACUAUAUAUGAAGUAACUUUCCACAGUCUAAAACGGUUUCUCA